AUGUUGCCCUUUUCGGUCGUCAUCCUGCUGGGGACCUGUCGUGUUAGCUUAGGGCCCCAGCGCUGCCCAGCUUCCACUGCUGGCAGCAUGUUCAGCGCUAGCAGGGUGCCAUGGGGCGCAUUGCGGACGCUAGAAUCCGGAGCUCAGCUUCGACGUCGGAGCCUUCCAGCGCGCUCAUGUACCGUGCCGCCCGGUGACUCGUGUCAGCGCGCUGCAGGCGGAGUACCGGUACAUGGAAUCUGCAAUGGCGGCCGUGCUACCGCCCGGAGCAGCGCCAUGGACGACGCCUCGGCGCCGGCAGAGGCGCGACGGUCCAGCAUCGAAAAGGCGCCCCUCGUCCUCGAUACACCCCCGCCGUUUGACGGUCUGCCAGACGAAAUCAUCGAGCAGAUACUCCUCGCCACAGAUCCCAAUGGCUUCGCAUCUCUCAUGACCCUCAACCGAAAAUGGAGAGACGUGUCCCAGCGCCCGCACCUCUAUCGAUACCACCUCGCACGAUGCCCGUCAUAUGCUUCGUCCCAUCACAAGCUGCCCAGUGCCGAUGACGAAAACUUGUCCAUCCUGCGACUGCUGUUCGCCAGCGAGAUCAAGCGCAACCUCUUCGAAUCCUACGUGCGGCCGAACGUGACCGUGUUCAAGCUCGUGUCCAAGGCAAUCGGCUCUUCGUCAUGUCCAGGAGGAGAAGGCAUGGCCUUCACCACGUCGCCAAACGGUCAUCAUGUAUUGGCGUAUAACUCUUCUAGGCUGUACCUUAUAAACACGCAAGGAUCCAAGAUCGACAUACGGCGAGAGUUCAAACUGCUGCGGCGCCCGGUAUCGGCAUGUGUAUCCAACGACGCAACCCUCCUGGCUGUUCUCUCCAACGAGAUGCAAGUCGACAUUUACGACCUGAAGCAGUCCCCGCCGAAACGAAAACAGUCCAUGAUUCUUGACAACGACCCACGAACAAUUGCCCUGUCGCCCUGCGGCACAGUUCUCACUGCGGCCUAUGACGGCGGCAUCGAAGUCCAGUCCCUGAGCCGCGGAGCGUCUCCCACCGAAAGGCGUGCCGUCAAGUGCGACGCAGUCGAUGCUUUGGCUUUCUCCUUUGAUGGCACGCAGAUUCUUGGGACAACGCUUCACUCAUCCCCGCCGAGCACCGUCGUCAUCACCGCACCAUACUAUGAUCCCGGCGCUCUUGCAAUGGACGAGGGCGAAGAAAAUCUCAGUGCAAUGUGGACCACGUCCAUUCUAUUUCCCAACUCGAGUCGAGACUGCAGCCAUGCCGUGCUGCUACAGGAUGGAAGCCAGGACGAGGCUGCCUGGGCAUUUGCAUACGAUCGCAGCUUUGAAAGCUUUCGUGCCGUGAGAACCGAUGAUUUGAGAAACGGCACCACACAUUUUACUGGACCGGUGCCCAAAACAGCCUCACAAGCGAAGCUUCUUCCUUGUACGCUGCCUUCGGCUACGUACCAUGGCGAGUUGGUGUCGGCGUGCUUCCACGGCAACGAGGUUUGGGUUUACGGAGUACCCGAGGACCUGACGGCAGUACCUGAUGCUGCUCUGGCGAAUGGUGAUGCUUCUGGGUUGGGUAGGAGGAACAGCGCUCAGAGCCACUCGUCGCGAUCUCCGUCCAUCAGAACGCAGGAAGUUGCUGUGCCCACCGCUGCCAGCGCCAGAGUUCCCCAGUGGCAGAUUCUAUGUGAUAAGCUAAGGAACAACUUCGUGGCGGGGCACAAGACGUCGGAAGUUAUCGGUGUGAGCAACGUAAAGUGGGUUUCGAAAUUUGGCGAUACACUGCUCAAAGAACGACUUAUCGUCACUGCUACAGGGGUUACAGGGCCUAGGCUUGUCACCGAAGAUGAGGACUUUGACUUUGUUGAUGGUGGCAGAAUUGCUCUAGUCGAUUUUGGCUACGCCGUCACCGACGGAACUGAAACAGAGGUAAUUAUCGAAGUCGGAAGCGAUGAUGCCGAAGUCCUCGAAGAGGAGCAACGCGAUAUAGAAGCCGAUGUUGCCAUCGUGCGACGAAGGACAGUAGCCCAACGAGGGGGACGGGGAGGUUCACGGAGAGGCAGCUUGAUGCGUACUGCAACAGUCGCUGGCAUUCAUACUUCUCCCACUUCGUCUGCUCAGUACAUUGUAUCACCCAUCUCACCCAUAUCAACUCGAAGCGCCGAUGACGACGAUCCCCUAAUGCCCAGGACGAUGAAUCGAAUCCCCAUCAGCCGCCCAAUCAUUCAAGAGCCCAUCGACGAUGAAGAAUUCUUGUCGAUUGAAGAGCAGGAGGCCCUGGAUGCCCCAUAUGCGCACUCUAGCCCGCGAUCAGGGACAACACUGCGCCGAGCAGCUACAGUGGCCGCUGCAAACCGUCGUCUAAACCCACGGACGGCGGACGGCCGGCCCAUAGAAUACCGUCGGGCAGAUGGUAGGAGAGAGCACCCCCAUGAGAGUGAUGCGGACAAUUGGGAGCCACCACCACCGCCAUAUCAGGCAGAUGAUCCAGGAGAUACGCCCGCCUUUCUGCGCGGGCGUGCUGUGUUGGCGUCUGCGUCAAUACCAGUACAAACACAGCCGUACGUACCAGUACAGAUGCCUCAACCACCAACUUUGACGAUUCCAUCAAGCAUUCAGCCAGUUCCGAGUUUCGGACCCGGUGUUGGUGCCGUUGAUUACAGCGGAUCGGCUCAUGGGAGAUCCGCUAGCGACUCAAUAUCUGUGGUAAGUAGGCUACGGGUUGAUGAGGAUGUGCCUCUGCCCUUAUCAAGCACAUCUGGACCGCUAGAUCAUGAAGAUCUAUAUGGAGUAUCUCCUCCAACCUCACCAGUCAUGACUCACAGUCAAGACGGUCGAUCUACGGCCUUGUCAGGAGAUUCCGUCACGCCACAACCUACCUCAGCGACAUCGAAUUCUUCAACGGGGGCACACGAGGGUAGUCCUGCCGCUGGAGUUGCCAUGUUGCAUCCUGAAUUUGAUUUCGGUGGAUCAGGCCUAGGGCUCGACUCUGCGUCAAUUUCAACAUUAGAGACCAACGACGCCUCGUGUUGCCUUUUAAGGAGGCCCUCUAAUGCCCAAACCUGGCCAAUGGCUGCUCCGGAAGAAAGAGGUGGCUCGAAUGCUCAGAGCGAAACGGCCAACUCAGCUUUACCACCAGCCCCUAGUUCGGACCAAAUGGCCAGGCUUAUCAGGAGGGCCAGUCAGGGAAAUCCACUCAACUUGUCGGGUAGCCUGCUCUCAUCGCAAAGCCCUCAAGUACAGCGACCACAGCCGAUCGGGGGCUCUUUGACUUCCACUGCAAACGAGCCCAAUCCCGAAAUCGACCAGCCUCUAAUUAUCAGUACGCCGGGAGGCGUGGGCGGUGUCUUUGAUCCGCCAGGGCGCAGAACGUCUCGCCGAGGUGAUAUGCCGAUCGUAGCUCCUGUACCCAGACGCCCUCGCGCAACAGGCGGCUCUGCCCUCCCUCCCACGGUAGAGAGGCUGGAAACAAUCUCUACCGGCACCGAAGCACCCCUAGAAACCAGUACUCUCGCCUUGCCGACGUGGAUGAAGGGGGCACCUGCCUCGCCGGGCAGGCAGACAUCGAAUCUAGUAAAUAGACGACCCAGUCGAGCAGAGAGGAGUGCGGCAAAGAAUAUGCGAGACGCGAAGAAACGAGGCUGGAAUGCCAACGCAAAGAAGAGAAAGGACGAGAUGAAGAGAGUUACUGCCAUCUUGGAGGAUGAUCGUAAUGGCAGCGCCAGCGCCUGGGUGGACGUGGACGCUCCGGCCAUUGCAAAGGACCAUGAUAAAAAAUGCAGCGUUAUGUGAUGAAAGGGAGGAAAUCUUUUUUUUUUUUUUCCUCUUUCAAGUUUUUUCUUAAUACAGCACGCAGCCGUUCUAUGGAAUGACUACUGUCGGCAUAUAAAAUAAACGAGCGGGCUGUGCGAGUUUUUAUUGGUAUUUUAUACGGAAAAGGAAAUUCCGUUUGUUUUCUGUUUGAUAUAUUGCUUUUAUGUGUUGGAUAUUGUCCAGACAAAUACCAGUGGUUGGUCUUUGUAACAGCUUUUUGUUUUGUUUUUUCUUUUUUGUGUUUAUUACUUUUUAUAUUGUUGAAACAAUCUACUAUAGUAUCAGCAACAUGGCGUGUCUGGGACGAUUAUUGAGAAGAAGAAGAAGAGGGAUAAAAAGACAUAGGAGGGGGAGUUGAUUCACUGUCGUUAAGGAAAAGGGCUUGUCCGUCUGUUUAUUUGUUACAUGGGUUUUUGAUUUGAGGCGAUUUAUAUGUGAUAUAUAACUGGCGAGCGAGGUAUUGUUUGUGUGCAUUUAUAUGUAUAUGCAUACACAGCUGCAUUCGUUACUAAUAUAUAGCUGAGGGAGCAUCUUGGAAGAAUUAUAUUGAUAGCGUUUGUGAUUACGUCUUAUGAUUCCCCUGCGUUGAACUCAAAACUUUCAUUUCUUUUUUUAACAUGUAUGUGUCAUUGUGAAUUAUUCAACUGCUCUUCAUUCUGUAUACAAAAUUAUCAAAUCAAUCAAUAAAUACAUUACUGCCACAAAGCCAAAUCUCAGGGCCAUCAAGGCCCGAGCAAAUACAUACAACCUUUAACCAAUUUGAUACACCACACCUCAGACUAUGCCCUUCUCACCGGGCAUGACGAGGUAAAAAUCCACCCGAGAAAUAUCCCAAAUUAAGCCACUUUUUACGGCCCGACUCUUUCUCGCUAUCCAUAGCUCUUGGUAUAUGCCUGCACAAAGGAGACAAGGAAAUCGUUAAAUGGAUCUUGGAAGAUCCAUUGGUAUCACUCAUUCUUGUUGAAACAAAGGAAAUGAACAAAUAUAAAGCAAAUACCUCCCACUCUUUGCCCUCUUGCUGUCGGUAUGCACAUUUUUAACAAGCAGGGCCCCCAAAACAAAGGGAAUUCGUGAAUAUGUAAACAAAAGGGGAGUAGUUAAACAGAUGAUUGUCGGCGACAAAGGGAACGUAUCAUCGUAUAAUGUUUUAGAUGAUGGGAGAUGUACCAUCAUGAUCGGCCUCAUAUCCUAUUAGUGGGCAUGGGAUCAUGAACAAGGUACGGAUGUCCACGUCGUACAUCGUCAAGAUCAGCUUCCAACAUGAGAUCUGUAAAAGUCGUGCCCUGAGUGUGACGCCUGUCAUAGUUGUUUUGCAUCAUGAUAGGAUCGGCAAACACAUUUAUGCUCUCACUCCCGCUAGGCUCUCUGUCUCUGGGAAUGUCUUGCGGAUAGAUUCGGGUGCUGGAAGCUUUCAUCGCCCUGAUAGGAGCUAAUCGAGACCCAGACUCAACGACUCCCGUACGAGC